AUGAAGUCUGGCCUCCUGCUCCUGACAGAGUCCUGGUGCCACAGCAUCACAGCUUUUAUCGGAUCAUACUCCCUGAUCUCUGGAGAGGACAGCUGGACCAUAAGGAGAUCUGACAGUGACAGAGCUAGUCCGUCCGCCUCCAACCUGCCGGAGUCCCCUGGUCACAACUCUCCCGGUAGCGCCUUACUGCUGGAUCUGAAGAGGGUGUCUGUGCGGCUGGUCGACUGCAGGAAAACACCAGGGCAGAGUGGAACUGUGAGAGAAGGACACGAGGAGGGAGAUGGAGAAUUGAUUUCAUCAAUGGAAACCCCGUACCGUUGUUCUCUCAGUGGGAGGGGCUUAUCAUCUGGGGAGCCUCAACAACAUCCUGUUGCUGACGAGACAGAGAAGAGUCUCUCCAGAUCAGAACAUCUCAAGAACCACCAGCAGGGACGUACAGGGAAGAAACAUCACCACUGCUGCUCUGACUGUGGGAAGAGUUUCACAAGCCAGAGUGGCUUCAUUAUUCACUGUGAUCAGUGUGGGAAGAGUUUUGCUGCAUCUAACACCUUCAAAUCUAAUGUAAGAAUUCAUACAGGGGAGAAGCCUUACCUCUGUCUUGAUUGUGGGAAAAGCUUUGUUAGUGCAAGAGUCCUAACCAUACACCAGCGUGUACACACUGGAGAGAAGCCUUAUAGCUGUGAUCAGUGUGGGAAGAGCUUUGCUGUAGCUUCCACCUUGACUUUACACCAGCGAACACACACUGGAGAGAAACCUUAUAGCUGUGGUCAGUGUGGGAAGAGCUUUGCUGUAUCAGAUAGACUAACUAGACACCAGCGAAUACACACAGGAGAGAAGCCUUAUAGCUGUGGUCAGUGUGGGAAGAGCUUUGCUGUAUCAGAUAGACUAACUAGACACCAGCGAAUACACACAGGAGAGAAGCCUUAUAGCUGUGAUCAGUGUGGGAAGAGCUUUGCUGUAGCUUCCAACCUGACUACACACCAGCGAACACACACUGGAGAGAAGCCUUAUAGCUGUGAUCAGUGUGGGAAGAGCUUUGCUCAAUCAGAUAAACUGAAUUCACACCAGCGAACACACACUAGAGAGAAGCCUUAUAGCUGUGAUCAGUGUGGGAAGAGCUUUGCUCAAGCUUCCACCCUGACUGCACACCAGCGAACACACACUGGAGAGAAGCCUUAUAUCUGUGGUCAGUGUGGGAAGAGCUUUAAUCGGUCAGGGACCCUGAAAUCACACAAGCUAACACACGCUGGUGAGAAAGAAGCCUUAUUCCUGUGAUCAGUGUGGGAAUUGUUUCAGUCAGUUAUGGACCCUUUAUUCACACCAGUGAACACACACUGGAGAAGGAACCUUAUGUGUGUCUAUGUGGGAAGAGCUUUGUUUAUUUAGGGCCAAUGAGAAAACACCAGAAAGCACAAACUUGCUGUAUUUCAUCUCCCUCCCCUUCUGGCACCGGUUCCAGAUCCCUAAAUAAAGGAUCAGUAGAAAACAUCCAGUGAACAGUCAUAUCCAUCUCCCAUUCUUAAACAGUUGCCUCAGUCUGAUCACCAUGGUAACCUCUGGAGCAUAAUAUGCAGCUCUGAUCUAGGAUCAGGUCUCCCCUGUGUCUAUGUAAUAUCACACAUUGAUCUAAAUGGAUAAAUGUUAUCAUAGGAAAUGUUAUAGGGAACCGGUGUGUGUGUGUGUGUGGGAGGGAUGUUGAUAAUUGUAUCUUCUUUCAUAUACUCAUGAUACUAUUAUUAUUAAAUGUCAUUAUGUAGAAUAAUGUUUCAACAAUAGGUGUAUAUUCAUGUAUUCAAUUGAUCAAUACAUUCAAUCCAUUAUCUUCUAAACAAGAAGUUAUCACUUAAAUUGUGUAUUUUAUAAAUCUGUAUUGAUUAAAAUGAUCCUAA